UGGAAAAAAUUCUCAAGGGAUGAAGAUUUUAAUGUACACUAUAUUAUCAAAUUGGAUUCUUAUAAACCUUGGAGCUUUAAACGAAGGCGUAAAUAUUUUGAAGUGCAUUAAGAAAAAACUUUAUAUUAUUUUACUUUUUUCCCAGAUAGCUUUCGAAUUUAUCUUAGUCUUGAAAGCUUUAAUGCGCUUAUUGGGCGCAUGAACAUCUUCAGG